AUGACAGCUAAAAAAGAUUGUACACAAGUGUAUGAGAUAGAGAAAAAGAAGUUGAAGAACUUGCUGAGGCAUGUACAGAAAGUCAGCUUGACCACCGAUAUGUGGAAAUCAAAGAAUCAAAAAAUUGAAUACAUGGUGGUGACCGGACAUUGGAUUGAUGGAAAUUGGAAGCUUCAGAAGAGGGUGUUAAAUUUUGUUCAUAUUCGACCACCACGUCGAGGAGUUGAGAUUUCGGAUGCAGUUUUCAAGUGUGCAAAGGAAUGGGGAAUUGAGGGAAAAAUUCACACUAUUUCUGUAGACAAUGCCUCAAACAAUGAUGUGGCCAUGAGAUUGUUGAAAGAUGAUUUCGGGAGAUGCAAGAAGCUAUUGGGUGGAGGAAAAUUGUUUCAUGUUCGUUGUUACGCCCAUGUCUUGAACCUUAUGGUUCAAGAUGGCUUGAAGGAGACAGUAGAUAUUUGUGAAAAUAUUCGAGAUAGUGUGGAUUUUGUGAACAAGUCUGAUGGUACGACAUUGCUAUUUACAGAAAUUGCUCAACACCUGCAAAUUCCUGGGAAAAAAUUGCUCCAUGAUUGUAGGACGAGAUGGAAUUCAACAUAUGAAAUGUUGAAUUGUGCUAUAAAAUAUAAAGAGGUUUUUCCUCGUUUUCAAGUUCGAGAGCCCCUUUAUGAGUCUUGUCCAUCUUCAGAGGAUUGGGAGAAAGUUGAGAAAGUUUGCACCAUUUUAGAGAAGUUCUACAUGGCCACGCACAUAAUUUCGGGGAGUGAGUAUCCAACUAGCAAUCUAUUCCUCCCUGAGAUUCUAAAGGUGAAGAAACUCUUGGAUGCACGAGUGGAUGAUGAAGAUGAUUUUGUCUGGGGUAUGAUUACAAGAAUGAAGCUCAAGUUUGACAAAUACUGGAAAGAGUGCAAUUUAUUGAUGUCCAUUGCAGCUAUCUUGGAUCCUAGACAGAAAAUGCGAGCAAUAGAGUUUGCCUUCCCUAAGAUGUAUUCUGCAUAUGAAGCUCAAGAGAAUAUCACAUAUGUUCGAAAAGCCAUCUUUGAACUUUAUGACGAGUACGUUGCUAUGGCUACAAGUGGAAGUGCAGGGACAGGUUGUUCAUUAAAUCCUGCAUCCGAAAUAGUGUGUCCACCUCGAGCAAGUGCUGACUAUUGGGAUGAUUUGGAUGAGUAUUGUGGUGAACUAGAAUCCGAUGAACCCCAUAAGAGCGAGUUGGUGGAUUACCUAGACAAGCCUCGCCAACCUACUGGACAAAAUCCAAAAGAUUUCAACUGUUUAGAUUGGUGGAAAAUCAACCGAUCAGCAUACCCGGUACUCUCUCAGCUAGCAGCUGAUGUAUUGGCCAUUCCUAUCACUACCGUCGCAUCUGAGGCCACCUUUAGUGCUGGAACUAGGGUGAUUGAUUCAUACCGUGCUUCACUUGCUUCGGAGACAGUCCAGACGUUAAUGUGUGAAGGCGAUUGGUGUAGAAAUUUACAUGGGGUCAAAAAGAAAUUGAAAGUGACUGCUGCCCUUCGUAUUACUGAUGGUGCAUUGGUGGUGGUUGAUUGUAUUGAGGGUGUGUGUGUCCAAACAGAAACUGUCCUUCGACAGGCUCUGGGAGAAAGGAUUCGUCCUGUCUUAAGUCUUAAAAUCUCAACAACAUGGACAGAAAAAAUUGUCAUUGGCAUGAAGGUUAGAAUCAUGGGUCCCAAUUAUGUUUCGGGAGAGAAAAAGGACUUGUAUGUUAAGAAUGUCCAAAGAACAGUUAUUUGGAUGGGUAAGAAGCAGGAAACAGUUGAGGAUGUGCCAUGUGAUGUGUUGCUUUGGUCAGUUCUUAUUUUCUCUUUUACUGCUCUGUUCCUUCGAAGCCUCUUCUUCGUUUUGCUCUUCUUGAUACAGAUUGGUCAGCUUUUUUCGCCUGUGGUUGCUGUAAGGAGCUUUCUUUCUUCGUCAUCUUUGUCAUCUUCUCUUAUAUAUCUGCAGCUUGUAUUGGUUCAGGUUAUUGUUGUCAACGAAUGA